ACACAGACAAGGGUACAAGUAUCACUUUGUAAGGAACAUUUUAAGUGAACGCAAGUUCGUAAGGUGUAAAUACAUUAAAAGUUAAAAUGAAAUACACUACGAUUUUCUUCGUCGUCGUUGUGUUUGUAGCGGUUUUCGCUACGGUCUCGGCCACCCCAUGGAAUCUGGGGAAGGAACUGGAAGGAAUAGGCCAGAGAGUGCGUGACAGCAUCAUCAGCGCUCGCCCAGCCGUGGACACCAUCUUGGAAGCCCAGAAAAUUUUCAAAGGGGGCGAUGAUGAUGAUGAUGAUUAGGGAACCAUUUACCCUAAGCAGUACGUAGGAGUUACCACUGAUGCCAAAAUAUUGUAUAAAUUGUAAUAUAAAAAUGAUUUAGUCUUCUUUUGUAAGAUAAAGCGAACAUUGUCAUGCAUUUAUUAUUCCGUAUUUUGUUUGUAAUAAAAACAUGAAAACAAAA